UCUCCAAAUCUCCCACCAAACCCAAAUUACGCGAAAUAUCCAAGAAACCAAGACAAAACAGAACUCAACCCAAACCCGCAAAUGUUUCAAGAAACGGCGCCGUGUUGGUCGAGCGUGGUUCAGUCGGCGGCGUCGACUCCGUGGACUCGGCUUGAGGACAAGGUGUUUGAGCAGGCGCUGGUCAGGUUCCAGGAGGACUUGCCCGAUCGGUGGGAGAGGAUCGCCGGAGAGUUGCCGGGCAAGACUCCCAAGGAGGUGUUGGAGCACUACGAGGACUUGGUGCACGAUGUCUUGGAAAUUGAUUCCGGCCGGGUCAAUUUGCCUAGUUAUGCUGAUGAGUCUAUGGUCGGCUGGGAGGACACGGCCAGUCAGAUCACUUUUGGGUCCAACCGCGAGCCUGAGAGGAAGAAGGGAACGCCUUGGACUGAAGAAGAACACAAGUUAUUUCUAAUUGGACUAAAAAAGUUUGGUAAGGGCGACUGGAGGAGCAUUUCAAGGAAUGUGGUUGUGACAAGAACACCAACCCAAGUAGCAAGCCACGCCCAGAAGUAUUUCCUUCGUCAAACCUCAAUGAAAAAGGAAAGGAAAAGAUCAAGCAUUCACGACAUAACCACUGUAGAGAGCAACUCAGUAUCUGUGCCUGCUGAUCGCAACUGGAUUCCUCCACCUGCAGUUCCGGCUCAUCAGUCUCCAUUGCAACAUUUGACCCAACAGAGUCAUUUGCCUGAUCAGGGGGAUUUGUCGGGGUACCAAGAUUUUGGCUAUCCGAUGUAAAGAUGAUUACAAUCUCGUGCUGCAUACUCUGUAUAUAGAGAAAUUGCCUUCUAUGAACAGUCCAAUUUGUAAAGUUCUAAAUAUUUUUUAGUUCUUUGUAGCCGGUAGGCGGUUAGGAGAUCUGUGAAGUGAAUAUGACAGUUUAGGUUCUGUUUUCUUAUGUGAAGGGAGAAAGAAUUAGUGGAGAAUAGCUGUGGAUUAUGUAGGAUACUGUUAUUAGUUGAUAACCUCUUUCUUGCCCAGUAAAUUUAGUGUACAAAUUUCUUUGGU